CGAUGCUGCAGUCGGUCGGCGCUCAGCCGCUGCUCAGCGAGAUACACUCGCACUACCGCCGCCUUGUCGACAAGUACGAGGAGAUCCUGCAGCGCAGCGGCCGCAAGAGCUACCUCGGCACGUCCACCGACGACCUCCUCAAGCUCGUCUGCAAGGAGUGCUACACAAGUGAGGAGGGCGCGCCGCUGAUCAACACUGGCGCGCAGACCGAUGGCUGCGCGCGCGCCACCUGCGCAGAUGUGACUGUGCUAAUUGACAAGGGGAUCAGUUCCCAAAGUUGCCGAGAGGGGAAAAUCUUCCUGAAGGAUAGAACAGCCAAGUGCGAACAUUUAAAGUGUGAUGUAAAGAGAAUAAAUCUGCCGUGAUUUAUUAAUUG